AUGUCUUAUAAUAAAUUAUUAUCAAGUUUUUCUUCUAAAAUUGGAAAAUUACUUGAAGACGAUGAUGAUGAAUAUAACAUCAUCAUUCGUGUAGGUGAAGAACCAAAUAUCAAACAUUUUAAAGCACAUUCAAUUAUUUUACGGGCUAUUUCACCAUAUUUUCGUGAUACAUGUAAAAAUGUAAAGAAGAAAGAGGAUAAUCUGUUUUAUAUCGAGAAAUCAAAUAUAUCACCAUCGAUAUUUGAAGUCAUAUUAAGGUUCAUAUAUACCGGCACCAUUUCUAUGGAAAAUCGUAAUAGCACGGAAAUUACCAAACUUCUCGAAGCCGCACAAGAAUUGAAACUAAAUGAAUUGGUUGGAUUUCUAAAAGAACAUUUAAUUCAAUAUAGAGACCUAAAAGACCAAAAGAUACAUAAAUCGACUACUGUUACAGAUUCAUGUUUGAUACAGAGUCCAAUUCACCUAAAUAACUCACGUGAAUCAUCGAGAUCACUCCGUAGACGAGGUAAAAUCCAACUUGUUGGAUCAGGACCCGGAGACCCAAAUUUAUUAACUCUGGCAGCUUAUCAAGCAAUGCAAGAAGCAGACGUGAUAUUAUCCGAUAAGCUAGUACCAAGUGAAGUUUUGAAGUUAAUACCUUCACAUAUAGAAGUGCUUAUUGCAGCAAAGAAAUUUUGUGCAAAUGUUGAAGCAUCUCAGGCGGAACUUAAUCGUUUAGGUCUCGAGGCUCUAAAUCAAGGCAAAAAAGUUGUGAGAUUAAAACAAGGAGAUCCAUUUUUGUUUGGUCGUGGUGGAGAAGAAUUUCUCUUUUAUCGUUCAAACGGUUAUAUUCCACAAGUUAUUCCCGGUAUUUCAUCUUGUAUGUCAGCACCUUUAUUAGCAAAUAUUCCUGUCACUCAUCGAGGAGUAGCUUCACAAUUCUUGGUUUGUACUGGUACGGGACGUAAAAAUACUUUACCUGAAAUUCCUACAUAUCAUCCUUAUAGAACAACAGUUUUUUUAAUGGCAUGUCAUAGAAUUAGACAAAUAACACAAGAUUUAAUGAAAGAAGGUAAUUUUCCAGCAGAAUGUCCUUGUGUUAUUAUUGAGAAAGCAAGUUGUGUAGAUCAAAAUGUUAUAAAAGGGACAAUAGGUACAAUUGCUGAUAUCUUGGAAAGAGUUGGACAUAACCCUCCAGGGACAUUGGUUAUUGGUUGGUCUUGCAUAACUUUAGCUUAA